UCGAACACGCUGACAUUUUUUCAAAGAGCCAAUCAAAGUCCACCUUUACUGCAAGAUUUCAACAUGGCGCUGUCAAGAGCUGUAAAUGGCGUGUUUAUCGUGGCUGCCAAGCGAACAGCCUUUGGGACGUUUGGAGGCAAACUGAAAGGCAUGUCGGCUACUGCCAUGAUGGAAGAGGCAUCGAAGGCAGCUCUAGCGGCCGGAAAUGUGAACCCCGAGAAUGUCAGCUCUGUCAUCAUAGGGAACGUAAUACAGUCAUCUACAGAUGCUAUAUACCUGGCACGACACGUCGGUCUGAGGUCUGGUGUACCAGAGGCUGCUCCAUCCCUUUGUGUAAACAGGCUGUGUGGCUCAGGCUUCCAAGCUGUUAUCAACGGAGCUCAGGAAAUCAUGCUGGGUGAGAGUGAGAUUGUUCUUGCUGGAGGAACUGAGAGCAUGAGCCAGGCUCCGUUUGCAGUCCGCGAUAUCCGCUUUGGAACCACCUUGGGAAAACCUAUCCAGCUUGAAGAUACGCUUUGGGGUGGACUGACAGACACAUACACAAAAAUGCCAAUGGCCAUCACGGCGGAGAAUCUGGCCAUGCAGUACAACAUCAGUCGCGAGGACUGUGAUACAUAUGCUCUGCAGUCACAGACACGCUGGAAGGAAGCACAAGACGGUGGUGUAUUUAAUGCAGAGAUUGCCCCACUGACACUUAAAGGCAAAAAAGGACCAGAAACCUUCAGUGUGGAUGAACACCCGCGUCCUCAGACCGUCCCGGCGGGACUGGCCAAAUUGCCUGCAGUGUUUAAAAAGGACGGAGUAGUGACAGCAGGCAAUGCUUCGGGCGUUUGUGACGGGGCUGCAGCUGUGAUUGUAGCCAGCGAGGAAGCUGUGCGGAAGUACAACCUCACACCACUUGCCAGACUUGUCGCUUACGGAAUUUCAGGUUGUGACCCCAAGAUCAUGGGAAUAGGCCCCGCCCCUGCAUCUCGCGCAGCUCUUCAGGCGGCAGGCAAAAGUGUGGAGGAUAUGGAUAUUGUUGAAGUAAAUGAGGCAUUUGCCCCCCAGUACCUCGCAGUUCAGAAGGAAUUGGGUCUGAACCCAGAGGUCUCCAACAUGAACGGUGGCGCUAUCGCUCUCGGUCACCCUCUGGCAGCCUCAGGGACCAGGAUCACCGGACACAUCGCACAUGAACUUCAUCGUCAAGGUAAAAAGAUUGGUCUUGGAUCAGCCUGCAUUGGAGGUGGCCAGGGAAUUACUGUGAUACUGGAGAAGGCAUAAUGACGAGAUCAUUGACUGGGACGGCCAGGCAUUAUAACAAUUGAACAAUGGACAGGAGAAUAGUGUGGAUAAUUUCACUAAUUUUUGUUUUACUGAAUCAGGAAGAAAGUUCACUGUACACAGGCGAUAUUCCUUCAAGUGAAAUUCAUGUGAAUUUUUUCAUGCGAAAUUCAUGUGGAUUUUUUCAUGCGAAAUUCAUGUGGAUUUUUUCAUGCGAAAUUCAUGUGAAAGUCACAUGAAAUUCACAUGAAGAAAUUCAUAUUUCAUGUGAAAUUUCACAUGAAAAAUUUCACGCGAAUUUCACAUUUUUGUCCUAUUCACGUGAAAUUCUGAAAUUUCACGUGAAAUUUACAUGAAAGAAUAUUGUCUGUGUUCGGCAAUACACACAAAUUAACAUAUCUAUUGCGGUGGAAAUAUUUACAUUUUGUACCCCAAUUGUUUAAAAUUUAAUGAAAUAUGUGAAUUGUUAAAUGUUACAAACUGAUGAAACAAAAGUGAUAUUUAAAUUUUAGGGGUCAUGACCUCCUAAACAAAGUGCUGGCUAGACAAAGUGCUGAUUGGAUUGGAGGGUUGGGCUGGCUUUAAUGGGGCUGUUUUUUAUCCUGAUGGUUGUGGAUGAAGAUGACACAAUAUUUAAUGACAAAAAAAAUUAUGAUUUCUUGAUUCUUUCAAAGAAUGAUGAAAUAUAUAUAAUGUGAGGUUAUUUAUUUGUUCGGGAAAUAUUUCUCUACAUUAUGUAGACAGAUAAAUAUGAACUGCUUUAAUUGGUUGUGUCAGAUUUGCUGUGUAUUUACAAAACAUUUCUCCCUUUAUCAGGGGUUUCCUGCAUAUCACAUAUAUGAUCUCGGAAAUAACGAUUAAUAUUUUCCAAUAUCUUGAAAUUUAGAAGAUAUUAAAGAUUAAAAGAAUAGAAGUAUAUAACCCCAAAUAUGCCUGCAGCUAGGGUUAAUUAAUUACAUAGAAUAUCUAUUUCUGUUCAAAUUUCUGAAUUUCAAAGAUACAUGUGGUUUAGCGAUAAGGCUGAUAGUAUUAAUUGAUAAGGCAGGUGAAAUGCAUUGUAACUGUGUUGACCUGUGAUAUCAUAAAAAAUGUUCACUGUAGUUUGAAAUUUUAAGUGAAUUACAGUGGUUUUGAUAAGUGUGUGUGAUUUGGGAUGUUCAUCGUAUAACCAGUGCGAGUGGACUCUGUGUGAAAGUGUGUUAUUUAUACAUAUGUAACUGUCACUCAUAAGAUACAUAACUUCCAAAGUGAUCAAUCAACUCUGUAAUAUAUUGGAGGUUUAUAUAAUAAAAUGUUCUAUAAAUCAAAUUUA